UACAGUCUCUGUCUCUCAGGUGUCCACAUUAUCCAGCAGAUGACUGGUUGUGAGUGGGACGAUGAGACUGGAGAGGUCAAUGGUUUUAAUCAGUUUGGUUAUAAUGGAGAAGACUUCAUAGUAUUCGACCUGAAGACAUCGACAUGGACCGCUGCAAAACCACAGGCUGUCAUCACCAAACUGAGUUGGGAUGCUGACAAAUAUAGAAUACAGUUCUAUGAGAAUCACCUCACUCAUAUGUAUCCUGAAUGGCUGAAGAUGUAUUUGCAAUAUUGGAAGAGCUCUCUGCUGAGAAAAGAUCUUCCCUCAGUGUCUCUCCUCCAGAAGUCUCCCUCCUCUCCAGUCAGCUGCCACGCUACAGGUUUCUACCCUGACAGAGCCAUGAUGUUCUGGAGGAAAGAUGGAGAGGAGCUUCAUGAGGACGUGGACCUCGGAGAGAUCCUCCCCAACCACGAUGGAUCCUUCCAGAUGAGUGUUGACCUGGACCUUUCAUCAGUCCCAGCUGAAGACUGGAGGAGGUACGACUGUGUGUUUCAUCUCUCUGGUGUGGAGGACGACAUCGUCACCAAACUGGACAAAGCAGAGAUCAGGACCAACAGAGAGAAUCCUUCAGACAGGACCAUUCCCAUCACUGCUGCAGUGGCUGUUCUUGCUGUCGUCCUCGCGCUGCCACUGGAUUUAUUUUUACAAAAAGAAGAAAGGUACGAAAUGUUUGGCUGUGUCGUCUCCCAGAGUGGUGUGCACGUGCUGACCCGACCUUCCUACUUUGAAGAGAGGGAGAACUAG